CAAGAGAGAAGCAACUCAAAGGGAUGGCCGAGGCUUGACUGCAAAAGUGAAAAAGGCGAAAGAUGUGCUAAAGAAGAGUAGAAGCAUGAGGUUGUAGUGAAGCUGUUACCUUACUACAGGAAUUUAUUGCCAGAAAAAAAUUAAAGAUACAUCCCUCCAUCAUGAUGCUCAUGGGAACUUCAUUGAGUAGCAAUCCCACCUCACCCGUCCCAGAUGCCAGGCCCUGCCUGGAUCAUCAGUCAGACGGUCUUUCACCAGUUUUGCCUCAGUCCCCUCCAUGCUGGGCAACACAGGCAUGGUGUGACCUUGCCCAGGCAGAGGCAGAGCUGCACUGCCUACAGGAGCGUCAUGCAACUGAAACUGAAUCUAUGAAGCAGGGUGUAGAGCGGGCCAUCUUGGGAGCACACAGAGAAGAGAAGCGCCUGCUCGAAAGGGUUGAGCAGGAUCAUCGUGACACUCGACAGCAUCUGGAGCAGGUUCAGAGGGAGAACAUGGCAGCAGCCAGGGUAAGCCAGUCCCUGCUGGAACAAAAAUUCCAUAAACUGGCCCAACUUCGGCAGCAGAUUCAGGAGGUAGGUCAACAGGUCUGGUCAGGACUGGAUGAAAGUGGUCCAAACCCAAACCUGCUUCUGAAGGAGGUUGCAGAGUUCCUACAACCCUGGGAAAUCUCAGUUUCCCUAAAGAGAGUGAAUUUCAAACCCAGCCCUCAACCUAAUGCUAUUGCCUUUGGAGAUAUUUGUGUUCAAGAACAAAGCCUUUGCCUGCAUGCCAGAGGUUUUGGAUUACGGGGGCAGCUCUGUGCCAUCCAUUCACGUGAGAUGCAUGAAGACACAGACCAUCAAAGCACUGGGGGAGAAAAAAACACCAUAGGACAGGGUUCGACCUCUUCAACUGGCAGGGUUGUCAGAAAGAUUCGCCUCUCUACCCAGAAUGAUCUGGAAUCAGAGGAGGAGUGCUCCUCAACACAGAUGUGUCUCUGGCUUCAAAAGUGUGAACAGUCUAAAAUAGAAUCAACCUCCUUUCAGCAACAAGGGGAGGACAUAACUCUGACUGUUCCUACUGUACUUAAAAACAUGAAUACUGAAGACAAGGAGCAGGUUUACAAGAUGAUUAGUAAUGGAAAACACUAUUCUCCCAGAAAUCGGAGGCCGUUGCUUACUGCGGUCUCUGGUAGGAUGCCACCCACCUCCUCAGAACGAAGAUGGGAAUAUGCUUUGAGUUUAGACAGCCAGGAUGGAGAUAAUGGAAAAGUGAGUCAGGAUUCCAAAAGUAGACUUUUAAGGUAUGGCAACGGCGUUCUUACAUCUCCGAGGAUGACUCUAAGAGAGACUCCACUGACCAGCCAAAGCUGCCAGAGCCUUACCUCCAGGAGCCAACUUCACUCUCGCCUCAGCCAUUCCUCUGAUGAACACUCUCUAGGGACACAUGGCGACUCUGGCCGAGCACCAUCCCCAACAGACAGCCUUGACUCUAACUAUACUUUCAUUGUCAGCCCAUCUCAUGAUUACAACGUGAGCAGAGGCUCUUUGAACUACAAUUGCCAUCUAUCAAAGUCUGCAGUGGAUUUGACACACAAGACACGCCCUUUGAUCAAGGGUGGAACAAAUGAGCAAGUAGGAGUGUGGAGGUUAAAGUGUGGCAACUUCAAGUCAAGCUCCACUUUGACCUCACCAACUCAUGGCAGAGGCCUAUGGGUCUCUGACAUGGGACUGCAGAAGGAGAAAAAAAUUCAAAUGGCUGGUUCAGAAAAACACUUGGUGGCUAGUUCUUCAUCCAUGUCUGCCAUAGAUGACUCCUCUAAAGAGCCAAAGAGAGGAAGAGGAGAGAAAAGAGAAUCUGCGCUGGUUGAGUUGGAUGAGGAGGGAGACCAGUCCAUGGCAGUAUUCAAUCCCAGAUUAGUCCAUCUGAUGCGGCAGUUUGGGAAGCACGGCUCAGGUCGGGCUGACUUAACUCUGCCAAGCGGUAUCCAUGCCACAUCACAGGGCCAACUCUUUAUAGUGGACUGUGGAAAUGCACGUGUUCAGAUAACUGACCCGCAUGGCAAUGUCCUCCAGCAAGUGACCUCCCCAAGUUCUAACAGCGUUGCCAGAAGAUGUCGGAACUACUUUGACCUUGCUGUCAAUGCUAAGGGUUUGAUUGCUCUAAGCUGUGCAGCUGAGCGAGCCCUUCUUGUGUUCAGUCGGCAUGGUCGCCUGCUCCAGACCUUUGGAGGGUCAGGGCUAGGCUCUGCAAAAGAUGAGCUUGAGGCUCCCAGAGGUGUGACCGUGACCAGGCUGGAUGAGUUCUUGGUAGCUGAUAUCCGGAAAGGUAUCCUUAUUUCCCUAAAGCUUGAGCCUAAGACAGGCUCCCGUCUUGAGCGCACAGUGGUGACAGGAUUCCACAGACCCUACUUAGUGGCAGCUUGCUUAAGCUCAGGCGUUGUAGCUGUGUCUGAAAGGGGUAAUGAAACAGGUCGUGUGCCUUGUAUCAAAGUGUUAGAGCCAGGCUGGAACACAAUAAGAAUUGUAGGUGUUUGUGCUGCUAUGGGACCUGUCCUGUCCUGCCCCUGGGGCAUCUGUAUAGAUACAGAUGGUAAUGUGCUGGUAGCAGACUGGGGGGAUCAACACAGAGUCCUGUUGUACCCAACACAGGGAGUUGGAUGGCCCAUUAUAACCCAGGGCCUGAGUAGUCCACGUGGUCUGACGCUGCUACCUGAGGGCCAUCUCGCAGUAUCUGAUAGCAUGCACCAUUGCAUUAAGAUAUACCAGUACAAAGCGUCCCAGGAUUAGAUAGAGUUAAUUGAUGUUUAAAGAUGCACUAUGGCUAAGAAAAUAUUUAAUCAUUCAGACUUAGACUUUGUGUGUAUUCAUUCCUAAUAAAACUAAAUUGUGUAAUUUAACUGCUGAAUUGCAACGACAAUCAGGAGCAGCGUCUGUUCUGAUUCUGCAAAAUGUAUUUAUAGAACUCAGCUGCAUUUAGUCUCUUGCACUGUCACGAUUUGUAAUCCGAAGAUGAUCUUUUCAUCAUAAAGGCAAAAGCUAUGAAGCCAAGCAAUAUAUUGAUAAAAAAAGGAUAAAAACUAGCUGGUGCUACACUGAGUAAUGAUAAUAACAGUGCUCACUGUAGCACUACUUUAAUUUAAUUUCACUUCUGCAAUAGUUCAGAAUCAAAUAGAAUUGCUGAUUGCUUGCUGAACAUAGUUUAAAUAUUAUAUAUUAAAGUUUGUAGGUGAGUAAAGUUUAACUGACAUGAGUUGGAAACCGUUUUUUUGAUAGUAGAGAUGCUAAAAUAUUGACGUGUGAGCCUUGCAUCCAUAAAAUUAUAUGAAUUGGUUGAUGGCCUGAUUUUACAGUUAAUAAUUGGUGGGCUGAGGUUUAGCUUAGCUGCUAAUUCUGCAGAGCAUCUCCAAAUCUCAUUUAGGGUUAAAGUUCAGCAGAAAGAGUGCACCACCAUUAGUGCACCACCUCUGCUGCUAUUAGAUCCAGGCUUGUAAGGGAUGAACAAAGACAACAUGUCCGACAAUGCUGACACAGUGCAUUAUUAAGUCUAAAUUGACAUUUAAAUGGGUUGUUUUUGAGGUGAUUAGAACAGCAAUUAAGUUCACCUGUAGCAUGAUGCAAACAAUCACCUGGUGAGACAGAGACAAAGAGUAUUUAUAUAUAUAUGCUAGUACGAUUUGCCCAAGUAAGAAAAUGUGAGACAAAGACACUGAUAUCAGACAGUUUCUUCUCCCCUUAACUUCCAGUGAGGCACCUGGUUCUGGCCAUGUGAAACAGUUUAUAUUAUAAUGUCAAAAGAUUUGUUCAUCCAGGAACAAUUUUUUGUGUGUGUUGCAAAAUUCUUAAUCACAAUCAUGGUUUAGAACUGCCAGUUAAUAAUAGACAGAACUAAUUUGGACAUUAGUACAACAAGUUGGACGGAACCCACGCUAGUCGCAACGCAUGACCCAAUUAAGAGGCUUCUGUUUGGGCAGAGACAGAUAGUAUAUAGUGUGUUUUUUUUUGUUGUGCUUAUAUUUGUGGUGAAAGGACCACCAAGUCCUACGCAUGGUUUACUGUACUGUAUGCUUACUGUGUUAUUACGCUCACUAGGAGCCAGGGACAUGCACUUUAUAUAGAGGGGCAGGGGCUCAAAGGGCAGUACUUGCGCAUGCACAGCAUGCACCACAUUUUUUCUCAGGCCUUAAUAACACAAUUGGUAGAUUUAUUUAAGAUUAAUAAACAAAGUAUUUAGAGAAAGCUAACUACUUAGCUGUAUAUCCUGUGUAGCUGAGAAUGAUCUCCCAUUGCGAUUUCUUUUGUGUCAACAAAUUAUUGUCAACAUGAGUUUUCACAUCAUCACAAUACUGAGGUUUAGAAGACAUGCAAUUCAGCUGCAGUUCUUAAAAAGCAAUAAAACACUGGUUUAUUAUUAGGCCAUUUAUUGGAGGGCAAGUGCAAACUAGAAAUACAGGCUACACAUCUAAAAAUGUGACAAAGAAAAAGAGCAUGAGCUCAAGCACCCCUUUGGCCCUAUGUGUGCACAUGUUUGCUAGGAGCUCAUUCAUGCUGAUCCACUCAGUGGAUAGCUUGUGUAGUUUUGCAGCUGUGUGUGAUAACAGUACGUUAUAUUCCAGCUUAAUCAGCUGAAAAUAAACAAACCUCAUUUCGCUUGCCAAUCACUGGUUGAGGGAGAAACGACUGCUGUGUACCACAUGCUUGUUGUGUUAUUCUUUGUUGUCUGCUAAGUGCUUACUUACCUUCUUUCCCUUUUACUAACUCACACAUACACACACACACUUCCAUAUACAUCCCGAUCUGUUGGAGACUUAUAGUUAAUAACUCCGCUAUAAGAUACGUGUGUCUAGCGAUAUUCCCUUUAUUGACUUCAGAGGCAGACUCCCUGGUACCUUUUUUGGAACUGUGGGUAUUAUCCCUUCAAAUUCACCUCUGGUGCAAUCAAAGUGCACAGGAAGCCAAAUGCGAUGUAACUGCAGCCCUUUGUUCAAAUUUUGUGCGUUCGUGCAGUGAUCACCUUUGGUGAACACACUCACUGCCGUGAUUUUUGAAUUCCAGGUAUAUGAUUGAGCAGAAUCACAAUCAUCACCUCACGCCCAUCAAUUUGUAGUCCGAUGAACAUGAUUUACCAAGCCA